AUGUCGGCUGGUUCCAGUGCAAAUCUUGAGGAUUUGUAUUUGCAAUCGUAUUCUUUCACAACUUCGGCGGCCAUCAUUGGUUCUGUGGACAGAAAGGUGUUUGUUUUGCUCAGAGAUGGACGCAGCAUUAUUGGAGUUUUGAGAACCUUUGACCAAUUUGCCAACCUUGUUAUUCACGACGGUGUCGAAAGAGUCUAUCUGGAUGGAGGUCGUUACGGCGAGUCUGUGGAGCCUCAAAUCUUCCUUAUCAGAGGAGAGAACGUGGUGAUGUUGGGAGAACUCGAUAUCGAUAAGGAGGACGAGCCUUUGGAGAGUUUGACCCGGAUUGAUUAUGGAGCGGCUUUUGGCGAAUGGAAGAAACAUCAGGAAGUUGUUGUUCAGAAACACCUUUCUGAGGAGAAGCUACUCACUAUGGAAUACGCCCUGGAGGCAGUGAAACGAGGAACUUGCGCGGUGGGCGUGAAGGGCAAAGAGGUGGUUGUGCUUGCCUGCGAGAGACGAACAACACUAAAAUUGCAAGACCCUAGAAUUACACCUUCCAAAAUCAACAAAAUCGAUCAUCACGUCCAAUUGGCAUUUGCCGGUCUCAAUGCCGACGCCAGAAUCCUAGUUGAUAAAGCUCGUGUCGAGGCUCAAUCGCACAGAUUGACGUUGGAAGACCCAGUUUCUGUUGAAUACCUGACCAAGUACGUUGCCGGUGUGCAACAGAGAUACACUCAGAGUGGAGGAACCAGGCCUUUUGGUGUUUCGACAUUGAUUGCCGGUUUCGAUGAAAACGACAAAACUCCAAAACUCUACCAGACAGAACCAUCUGGAAUAUACUCUGCUUGGAAGGCCAACGCGAUUGGACGUAGUAGCAAGACCGUUCGCGAGUUCUUAGAGAAAAACUAUGACAAAGAAAACGAAUUGGACGAGGCACAGACAAUAAAGCUGACAGUCAAGGCGUUGUUGGAAGUUGUCCAGACGGGAGCUAAAAACAUUGAGAUUUCCGUGCUGAAACCAGCAAGAGUGGUUGAACAUCUUUCUAAUGACCAGAUCGAAACUAUUGUGCAAGAAAUAGAGGCUGAGAAAGAAGCUGAAGCUGAGAAGAAGAAAUCAAAGAAGAGCGGUGAAUAG